AAGCCGUGCAAACCAAACUUUUUCUCCUUUUAGGUGCAAACCAAACAUCAUUACUACUUCAUUAUAUACGAGUAGUACCAAAUUAAUUGCAACACUAAAACGUCAGAAAAAAGAGCUUUUAGUUGGUACAAUCUAGCCAUCCGUCACCUCAUUCAUUUUCUACCGCUGAUCAACUCUUCUUGCGCUAGCUAGCAUAUGGCUUCUGUUCAUACAAUUCCUUUCCUCAUUAUAAUUCUUAUUCUGCAGACUUGGUCUGCAACUUCUUCAAUUUUCGCCCCUUUUGUCGGUGGUGAUGUGUGCAAAAGCGCUGAAUGUGGGAAAGGUACUUGCAAACCUUCCAAUGAUAGCAACUUUGGUUUUGCGUGCCAAUGUGAUGAUGGAUGGAAGCAAGCUCGCGCUGAACACGAUGAUGGUCUCAAGUUUCUGCCUUGUGUGAUGCCCAACUGUUCUCUCAAUUACUCCUGCGCUCAAGCACCGCCCCCUGCUCCAGCAAGAGAGAAGCGAGCUAAUGAAUCAAUCUUCGAUCCUUGUUACUGGGCUGUGUGUGGAGGUGGCACCUGCAACAAGACCUCCAUAUUUGGACAUAAGUGCGAGUGUCAAGAGGGUUAUUACAAUAUACUCAACGUCACAGCUUUCCCCUGCUUCAGAGAAUGCGAGCUUGGAAUGGACUGUAAGCAUCUUGGGAUUGGCGUAAUGAACAACACACCAGCUUCUUCACCUCCUAGCUUGCCCGAGAACGGUCAAAACCAAGCUACCUCAAUCGCCAUUGGAGAUCUUACUUGGUCGAUAUUCACCAUGGUAUUAUCCGUGGCUUUGUUGUUGUCAAAAUAGGUCAAGUCACGACAUAUGCGAUAUGGGCACCGAUAUCUGGAGAUUUUCCCGUUCAGGUUUUACUGGUGUGUGAGGAGAUUGGUUAGGAGUUCACGAUUUUGGACAUAUGGUAGCUUCUUCUGGUCGUCUUGCCGGCCUUUCGGUUGUGUACAUUACAUUCUCUUACUAUUUUGCAGUUUACAGUAGAUGUAUAAACACUUUCAAUCUCUCUGUUUCAUUUUCUUUCCCCCAUUUUUGUAGAGGAGUUCAUUACUCAGCUUUCAAAUUGGGAUAUAUGGACGAAUAUUUGGUAUUUGAGCGUGUGCUGCAUGGUUUGCGAGCUCUUCA